GACCUCACCAGCAAGGAUGCCAAUAUUGAUCUGUGCUUUGUCUUGGAUGUGACUGAUGUGGAAGAGGGCCAAGGAGGAUGUCGAGGACUGCAUCACUGAUUCUUGACAGCCAGGAACCUGACCAAAACACUGUCAAAGAAAGAAGAAUGCUUUUCUCCCACAAACUCCAUUUGUGGUGUCAGUCUGUCUUCCACUAUUAGAAAUCUGCAGGCGCUAUGGAGGUGGUAGGAAAUCUGAAGUUUGCUAGAUCCACAUGGCUCCUAUUGAUAACUGCUCAGUGCCUGGCAAAGUGGAAGGAACAAAAGUGAACGUUUUUGACUUUGUGAAAACCCCUGAAACACACCAAUACGUAGUGCAAGCAUGGAGGGAGUUGCUCAAAGGUUAAAAGCAAAAAAAGCAGAGGGACCAAAAUGGAGGACCUCUCUCCGACCAAGGAGAUGGCAAAGACCAGACUCUCUCUGCCCAGGAAGCUAAAGAGACCUUCAAAACAGCACAUCAAGUCUUGCAGUGGCCCAGGAAACUGUAGAACUGGCUGAGGCUGCAGCUGCAGCAUGGGAAAGUGUGAUCCAUGAAAUCUGCUAUUUGAUCUACACAUACUUCUCCUGAUGUCCCACUACGUCAUAUCAACCAUAAGCUUCAUGGGCCCCAGAGUAACCUUUGAAGGCAGUCUACCAAUGGAACACCCUUUAGCAGCACCUCUGUGUGGCAGUGAAAGCAGCAGGGUGGGAGAACAGUAUUUUGAGCUGAUAUGCAUGGGCUGGUAUUGUUUGAACUCCCCAGCCCUCCUGCCUGGCAGCAUGAAGAAAGGGUACAAUGAGCUGCUCAGCUGAAAUGUCCCUUGGUACUUGUUACACACCGUGCCUGCUCACACUGUUGAAGCACUUGAACUCAGACUAAAAUAAAGCUGGUGAUGAGACUUGAAGACCCUGAAGUUAGUGUGCCUCGGCGCUGGUGGCCCCUCUUGUUCUGUUGACCUUUAUCUGGUGAUGGUGAGUCCGACUUCAGAGCAGUAUGACAGUUUGCUCCAGCAGAUGUCAGAGAGGAUUGAUGAGGGAUGUGGGGAGACCAUCUAUGUCAUUGGGCAAGGAUCAGACGGGACUGAAUACGGUCUGAGCGAGGCAGACAUGGAAGCGUCCUAUGCCACGUUGAAGAGCAUGGCAGAGCAGAUCGAGGCAGACGUGAUCCUCCUGCGGGAGCACCAGGAGGCAGGGGGCAAGGUGCGCGACUACCUCGUUCGGAAGCGCGUGGGUGACAACGACUUCCUGGAGGUCAGGGUAGCAGUGGUUGGCAAUGUGGACGCAGGAAAGAGCACGUUGCUGGGUGUCUUGACUCACGGCGAGCUAGACAAUGGCCGAGGCUUUGCUCGGCAAAAGCUCUUCCGCCACAAGCACGAGAUUGAGUCAGGCCGCACCAGCAGCGUGGGCAAUGACAUCCUGGGCUUCGACAGCGAGGGCAACGUGGUGAACAAACCCGACAGCCACGGUGGCAGUUUGGAAUGGACAAAGAUCUGUGAGAAAUCCACCAAGGUCAUUACUUUCAUUGACCUGGCUGGUCAUGAAAAGUACCUGAAAACCACCGUCUUUGGCAUGACUGGCCACUUACCUGAUUUCUGCAUGCUUAUGGUUGGCAGUAAUGCUGGGAUUGUUGGCAUGACCAAGGAGCACUUGGGCCUGGCGCUUGCACUUAAUGUUCCCGUCUUUGUUGUGGUGACCAAGAUUGACAUGUGCCCUGCCAACAUCCUGCAAGAAACCCUGAAGCUGUUACAGCGACUGCUGAAGUCCCCAGGGUGCAGGAAGAUUCCCGUGCUGGUUCAGAGCAAGGAUGAUGUCAUUGUAACAGCCUCCAACUUCAGCUCAGAGAGGAUGUGCCCAAUUUUCCAGAUUUCAAAUGUUACCGGGGAGAACCUAGAUUUGCUGAAGAUGUUUCUUAAUCUCUUGUCUCCACGGACCAGUUACAGGGAAGAAGAGCCAGCAGAAUUCCAGAUAGAUGAUACUUACUCUGUCCCGGGCGUAGGAACAGUUGUCUCUGGGACGACACUGAGAGGCCUCAUCAAGCUAAAUGACACCCUUCUGCUGGGGCCAGAUCCCCUUGGCAACUUCCUGCCUAUUGCUGUCAAGUCCAUCCACCGCAAGAGAAUGCCUGUCAAAGAAGUGCGGGGAGGCCAGACUGCCUCCUUUGCUUUGAAGAAGAUCAAGCGCUCUUCCAUCCGGAAAGGCAUGGUAAUGGUGUCACCCCGCCUGAAUCCACAAGCAUCGUGGGAGUUUGAAGCAGAGAUUCUGGUGCUCCAUCACCCCACCACCAUCAGCCCACGAUAUCAGGCCAUGGUGCAUUGUGGCAGCAUCCGCCAGACGGCCACGAUUCUCAGCAUGGACAAGGAUUGCCUGCGAACAGGGGACAAAGCCACAGUGCACUUUCGCUUCAUCAAAACCCCGGAAUACUUGCAUAUAGACCAGCGCCUGGUCUUCCGUGAAGGCCGCACCAAAGCCGUGGGUACCAUCACUAAGUUACUCCAGACCACCAAUAACUCGCCAAUGAACUCCAAGCCACAGCAGAUCAAGAUGCAGUCAACUAAGAAGGGAGCUGUUACAAAACGAGAGGAUGGUGUUCCUGCCACUGGGACGGCAGCUGGAGGCCCACCAGCUGGGGACGAGGCCCCCUCAACAGCUGCAGCACCAUUGACAGCUACUGCCCUGCAACCAUUGCCUGCCCUGGACGAAGAGCCCCACAUCCGUGAGGGCAAUAAGUCAAAAGUCGGAGGAGGAGGCCGGCGACGUGGGGGUCAGCGCCAUAAAGUGAAAUCUCAGGGAGCCUGUGUGACUCCUGCCAGUGGUUGCUGAAUUUCUUAUUCCUCCUCUCUCUGAGGAAUUCCUCCCCUUCCUUUCAUUUCUUAUCCAAAAGAUCCAGAGCAGCUUAAACCAAAACCCAUCCCAGCUGAUUGGCUGCAGAAGAAUCGUCCCUCCUCCCUGAAGGAAGCGAUGGAGAGGAGCAUAAUUUAUAAGCUAAUGAAGGUGAUAAGACACAGAGAACUGAGUAACUGACACCUUCCUCCUCCACCUGUUGACACAUUUUUGUACAUCAUGGGCUUAGUUUUUAUUCUUAUUAGUUUUUAUUAUAUUUUGUGUGCAUGAAGAUGAGAGGAGAGUCUGGAUAGAACUGCGAAGAGCCAGUUAGUUGCCUCCCUCCUCCCUCACCCCUUUCUGUCCACAGGACUUGCUGCUCUCCCUCUAUUUGCUGUCUCAGAUCCAGGGGUUAUCGAACGCCUGAAAUUGCAGACUUGCAAAAGUUAAAACACGUUGCUUAGGAUGGCUCCAUGGGGCAUUGUUUCCUCACCACAGUGGCCCUGUGCCAAAUAUGUUUCUGGAUUCCCUCCCUCUUAAACUAUUUCUAAGUGAAUUUAAUUUAAUGUUGUAGUGACUGAAGUUUGAAGAAGAUGGUAAGAAAGUUCUUUAGUUGGAGAUCUAAGAGGGAAACAAAUUGGAAAGCAGUUCUUGAUGUUAAAUUCAGGGAUCCUAUGCUAAAUUUCCUUCUCAAAUAAUGCUGAUAGCACUUAAGAUUUUUAUUAGUAACAGAGUUAACUGGGCAGAUGUAUGCCCAUCCUGUUCCCCUUCCCAUUGUGCUGCUUUUCCUAGUGUUUGUUCACUGCACAUGGAAGCAAAUCUCACCUGCCUCUCAAGGCUGCAGCAUCUCAACUGACAGUAUUAAGAAUAUAGUGCAGGAACACUCAGUCUGUCCCUUGAGCCAGAGAAAGCCUUCUCACCUCGACAGACAGAGGUGGCAGGUGGCAAUAUACCUUUGGAACAGAGACACCAGGCUAACAUGACCUCCCCUUGAUUUUGUUUACUCCAAGAUUUCCAAAAUCUUUCCUGGAACUCAGUGGCCAAACUUUGCAAUGGCAGAGGUAGGAUUUGUCUUCUCUCCUCUUGACCAAAGAGGGCAGUGAUGAAUUGGUACCAAAUUUAUAGAAGUGCUUUCAGGACUGGAAGUACAUAGUAAUUUUUGUGACUUUUAAUUUCAUUGUUUUUUAAGAUUGUAUUUUAUUUUAAUUACAAAUUCUUGCUUCUCCAGGAAGGCCCUGCAAGGAUAGUCUACAAAUUACUGUUAGAAUGUUUUUUUAACCCUGAGUUGUGCAAGUGAUCGAUUCCCUGCAUAUUUUGAUCUCCCUUCUAACCCUGCCCCUUUGCUUGGCUCCGGUGAGGAUAGGAGUUAUCCUCUGCCAGCUUGUGGUGAGCUGUGGGAGCGUGGUAGGAUUUUGAGGAGGAGGAGGUGGCAUCCUUAGCAAAUCAUGGCUCUCCCCAGCAGGUGUGGUCAGCCUCGGUUUCUCUGAGGGCUUCCUCCUCCAACGAAGGACUUCUGUUUUAAUUAGAGAGAGACUGUAAAGCUUCUGUCCCUCCUGAGCGGGUUGUUCCUGUUUCUUACUCUGUGGCCUCUGUGUGGAGUUCAUUCCAGUUCACCUUGUGAUUCAAGGUGAGGCUUUCACACCGACUGAGUGGCAGCAGGCUCAGGGGCCACAGUGCAUCUCCCGAUGCCAACACCAGCACUCCAAGAGCAUUAAGUGGCACAGGAGAGGUGAGAAACAUGGUUUGGAAACGAGGGUACUUUGCCUUAGAGACUACAGUGGCUUGAGCAUGGGUGGGAGGGGGAGGUCAGACAGUCCUUUUCCAAGCUAUGUGCCUAAAUACCAGCACUCUCCUGGCGAGGGAGGAACUAUAGGCGGCUACAACACUAAUAGCACCCACAUUGUGAGGGGGUGUGAGGUGUGGCUAAGCAGGGCAUGAAGGCCUGGGGUUUUUGUCUUCUGACCCUGUAGCAGCAUCAAACUGCAUCUGAUUUCACUGUCCUCUGCUUCUGAGGGGAGCAGGGAGCUCCAGGCGGUUUUCUCUUUCUCCAUUCCUUGUGCUCCAAAUGAAGGAGACUGCCGAGAAUGAAAGAAGGUUCACUUCAAUUUGUGCAAAGGAGGCGGUGUGAUCUCUCUUUUGUGACCAGCAUUUAAAGAUCACUCAGGCUGGUGUGAUCUAUAAAAUAAAUUUUAAAAAAGUUUGUUCCAAGUUAAA